AACGGUGAAGGCUACUAUGCGAGGAAACUGUUCCCAUCCUCCUCCUCCUUUGCACAAAAAGGGAAAAACGCACGGGUGUAUGUGCGUGUUCCGCGGCGGUGUGAGCUUGGCCGGUUUCGGGGCUUGUUUCCACCUUUUAAUCGGAGCCUUCCAGCUCUGAUCAUUUGUUCGCCGUUCGUUCCUUUCUCCGUGGAGCCGCCGCUGCACCGCACGGAGACACCGGGACUUGACGCGCAGUCCGGGCUCGACCUGACUGGAGUCGUUGCAGAGAAGGAGGCGUCACAUAAAUGUGUGGAGGCAAAGGGCAGUAACUGCUCCAAAGCUUUCUGUCCCAGGUGGAUCAUUAAAGAACCAAUGACACACCCUUGACAGAACUGAUAACCCAGGAUCCAUCGAUCUGACGGAGCCAGGCAGCAGAUUUCUGUCCACUGCACAUCCAAAGUUCUCAGCACGCUGACUCUGACCGAAGCGACAUCACUAUGCUCAGGAGGAGAAUCAGGACCAUUGCUCUGCUGUUUUGUGUCAUCACAUUUACAAUGUUUCUGUUCAGCUACUCUCUCUGGGACCCGUCACACUUCUUCUUCAAGCAAGCCCUUCACCCCAAACGGCCGUGUUCCUGUCGACAUUGCUUGACGGAGCUGGAUGAUGACCCCUGGUUCGCUGAUCACCUCAAUCGGUCCAUCCACCCUCUGAUGACCAGAGAGAACAGCGUCCUCUCUGAGGAAACCUACAAAUGGUGGCAGUCGUUGCAAUCAGUGAAGCAGCGGGCCAAUUUCAGCGAAGUGGUGGAGGAGCUGUUCCAAGUCAUCCCUGAUGAGGUGCUCUACAUGGACGCCAGUCCCAUGCGCUGCAGGACCUGCGCUGUGGUGGGGAACUCGGGGAACCUGAUUGGGUCCGAUUAUGGCGACCUCAUCGACUCCAGCAAGUUCGUCUUCAGAAUGAACCAUGCUCCCACCCGUGGCUUUGAGAUGGACGUGGGAACCAGAACAACUCAUCAUGUCAUGUAUCCAGAGAGCGCCAUCGACCUGGACAACGACACCAGACUAGUUCUGAUCCCUUACAAGACUCUGGAUAUUCAGUGGCUCAUUAGUGCCCUCACCACAGGCACUAUUAAACAGACCUAUCAGUCUGUCCCUGCCAGGAUAAAAGCAAACAGAGAUAAGGUGGUAAUUUACAACCCCACAUUUUUCAAAUACGUCUACGAUAAUUGGCUCGAGGGUCACGGACGUUACCCUUCGACAGGCUUCCUCAGCUUACUGCUCGCUCUCCACAUAUGUGAUGAGGUCAGUGUGUUUGGAUUUGGGGCCGACCAGUCAGGAAGCUGGCACCACUAUUGGGAGGAUAACCACAUGAAACACACGGGGGUCCACGACGGAGAUUACGAACACAACCUCACCUCGCUGCUGGUGGAGAACCACAAAAUCAAAAUGUUUCGCGGCACAUGAAACCAAACCCUGUUGUGUGCCGUGGGACGAACCUCACGCACUCACAGACAGCCUUUGAAUGAUGAAAAAGGCUGUCUGUGAGUGCGUCACCUCCCUACGGAAGAACACUGCAAUGAUUUCCAAGGACAUUGUCGAAUGAACUCGUCUUUACAGCUCUCUGUUGCUUGCUGGAGCUACUGUUUGAGAAGUGUCACUCCUAUUGACAAACCCACAGUUUCUGUUCGUUCCCAGUAAAAGACCCUGACACGCCAUCAAGUCAAGACUAAAGCAACACUGCCAAUUGUUUCAGGGUGUUUUCAUAUUAUGUACAAUCGCUUUGCAACAUGCCUCAGUGUGAUUGUCCUCCCACUCUCCGCCUGCCACUCAGCUUUCACAUAAGUAGUGUUAUUCUGUGCCCGAAUACACACGCACAUCUGCACACUCUGAUACAGUGGGUUGUGUUAUGCAGCUAGUAGGUUUGUGUUCCAUUCCAACCAUAUACUGUAUUUAAAAACGGAAGUCAUGAGAGCCCCUCUAAAGCAGGGCUGUCCAUCCAUCCAUUUUUAAUUGGCCCGCAUAACAACCAUUUAAGUAUCGCUUAAACGGCACUUACUCAUAGUACUUUGUAGUUUCGCUUUAUUUUUGAAGAAAUUGUACUUUCUUGAUUCUUGUUGUUCUGGGUUUGUACCCUCUGGGUUGAAUGCAAUUCUAACGCACUUGGAUAAAAGCGUCAGCUAAAUGAAAUGUAAUUGAAUGUAAUGGACUAUGGCCCACUAUAUUGCACUUCUCAGUUUAGACACCAGGAGGCGACCAACUCACCCCUGACCUGCCAGCUGUUAGUGGAUGAGACGUGGGCCAAACUGAAAAGCCAAAGUACACCUGAUGGUUUAUGUAGUUAUUAUCACACUGAUGUUUGUUCAAGUGCAAUUUUUUUACCCAAAUUAUUUUUCUGUUAUUUGAUGACAAAUAUACACAGGUUGAGAUGUCAUGAUUGACAGCUGAGACUGACUCACAAUUGUUCAAGCUACUACGCAGACUCUGGUUCCAAAUGUGCUAAAUGGCAGCGUUUGUAUCUGGGAUAAUUCGGAAAAAAAUUCAGUAGAGGGAGAAAGUGGUUAGCAGCGGGUUAGGGUUAGGGUUAGGGGUUAGAUCAUUUAGAGUCUAUGGUUGUGCCAAUAAACACAAAGAGGAGUCAUCAGGAAUGCAACAUUAUUUUCUGUUGUCAGACUUUUGUUUUGAGAAGUGGCACAAACUUUAUAUUCAAACUCUUGGCAUUUCUUGUAUCUUGUUUAGUUAUGAUUGUAGCCUAUUUUUUCAUGUACCCAAAUUACAGGACAAUAUUUAAUUUUUUUUCUAGACUUUAGAGACAUUUACUCUGUCCCAAUUCAGGGUCUGCAUCCUUCGGGGUGUGAAGGAGGCAGUCUGCGUGGGCCACGUAGAUCAGGAAGGCCGACCCUAAAUGUGACAAUCAAUCAAUCAAAUGUUAUUUGUAUAGCCCAUAUUCACAAAUCACAUAUUGUCUCAUAGGGCUUUAACAUGGUGUGACAUCCUCUAGGAAAAACUACAAACCUCACAUGUGGCUCAGAGAGAGCCACAUGUGAGCCACUUGGUCUACAGGGGAUUUCCAUGAUCAAUGUCUUUUUAUGUCUUUUGCCUCCUGAAAUGAAGUGUUUCAAUUUUGAUUAUAUUCAUAUUGUCAUGUCGUUCAUUUACACUGAGUUUUAAAUAAUUCAUAUGCUUUUAAAAGAAGUACGGUCAAAAUAUAAGCAGGCAGACUUUCUCAUUCUAAUUGAAAAGUUCGAUGGGGAAGCAGGCGGGAUAAUGCACUAUGCCAGGCAAGUGUAGAUUUAACCAUGCUUGGCUACAAAUGGAAAAGUACAUGCCGUGGGUUACAACAGACAAAGACCUCACUCAAACUAUUGUCUCAUUAAUUUGCGUCAUUUAAUGUAUACUGUAUGCUUUGGAAUUCUCAUUGUUAGCUUAAAUACUAAAUUUGUCACUUUUGAAUGUAUACAGCGAGAUUUCUCAAAAUGUUUGGUCAUGGAAAUUUGGUUUAAAGUUAUUGAAAAGUCAUGGAAAAGUCAUGGAAAUCCAUUGGUCAAAGUAUGUAUGAACCCUGGUAUUGAUUCCGUGUGUUUAUUUUUGUGUUUGGAUUUUUUGCCUCAUUAAAGGACACUUUCAGUUAUA